AUGGCUUCUGCGGUUCCGAAAUCAAGCCCCAUACCUUUACUAGCAGUUCGCGGCCCCAGUGCAGUUCAACUAGUAACAAGUCCAGCUCAUCAAGAUGAAAUAACCAAAGUGGAAGUUUUCAACAUUGAAAAUUGUCGAUUGACAUGUUUCAGUCGUAGUGGCCAUCAGUUUGUAAUAUCGACCAAGGAUGAUAUUCAAGUUUACUGUUGUAAUACACGUCGAGUCUUGUAUACAUUGCCAAAACGACGAAUAAAUGCGAUCGAAUACAGUCCUCAAGAUACAUAUUUGAUGUUAUUUGAAUCAUUUACGACCACAGCUGGCGAAGAAGAAAAACCAAAUUUGUGUAUUUACAAAUCAAGUAGCGGAGAACUAGUUGGUUCUUACAUUCAAAAGAAGCAGAAUGAAUGGGCACCUAUUUGGUCCAAUGAUGAAGCUAUUUUCGGUCGAUUGCAAACAAAUCAAGUCUGCUUCUACGAACCGCCAAAUUUCGAACGAUAUGUCAACCGAUUGGCUAUCGAGGGCUUACAAAUGUUUAGUUUGGGUAAAAGUAUUCCACCAUAUACAAUCGGUACUUUCAUCAAAGGUAAAAAGGGUAUACCAGAUUGUGUACGAUUGCUCUCUUAUCCGGAUUUAAAGGCGACCAUUGCCAGCAAGAGCUUUUUUAAUUUUGAUCAUUGUAACAUGAAAUGGAAUUAUAGAGGAACGGCAUUACUCGUACUUUGCAGUACAGAUAUGUCAGAGAAUAGUUAUUACGGUGACACAAUGCUUCAGCAUCUCAAUCGAAAUGGAGAUAGUAGUAGUAUUCAACUAAGCAAAGCAGGUCCGGUCUAUAGUAUGGAAUGGUCACCCGUAACGGAUGAAUUCGUUGUUGUUUAUGGAUUUAUGCCAUCGAAAGCGACUGUAUUUAAUGCGAAAUGCGAUGUUGCGUGGGAACUAAGUUCCGGGGCGAAGAACGUUGCCUAUUACAGUUUUGAUGGUUUACACUUGGCACUUUGCGGUUUUGGAAACGUAUCAGGAAAUAUAGAAGUUUGGAAUAUGAAAGAUCGUAAGCGCGUCUCGCAAAUCGAAGCACUAGAUACGACGCAUUUUCAAUGGUGUUAUGAUAAUUAUCAUUUCAUUACAGCAACAACAGCUCCACGUUUGCGAGUUAAAAAUGGUUUCAAAGUGUGGCGUCUAACUGGCGAACUUGUUUAUGAAUACAAAACUGGUGAAAAUCAAGAAUUAUGGCAGGUUCUAUGGCAGCCGGGUUCAUAUGAACGUGGUCAGAAAGUCCCGAUCAAAGGUGAAGAUGGUUCUGCUGCAGGAAAACCGAAAGCAGCAGCUGCGUAUCGGCCACCCCAUCUUCGGCAAACGACUCGACAAGUUCCUAAGUUACAUGACGACGCGCCGGCAAAACCCGCUACCCAACAUCCUCCACGUGUUCCGAAACCCGGUGGUGUCGAAGAAUUAUUCACAGGAGAUUUAGAAAAAGAUAAAAAGAUCAAACAACUUCAUAAAAAAUUACAACAAAUUAAAGGCCUGAAAGAAAGAUUAGCAAAUGGAGAUAAGUUGGAAGUCGACCAAUUAGAGAAAAUCAAACGUGAAAAUGAAUUCGUUGAAGAGAUGGAAAACUUAAGACUCUAA